AUGCCACGCGAGAUCAUCACCAUCCAAGCUGGACAAUGCGGCAACAGCAUUGGAAGUCAGUUCUGGCAGCAGCUUUGCCAGGAGCAUGGAAUUAGCCAGGAUGGCAAUCUGGAGGACUUUGCGACGGAGGGCGGCGAUCGCAAGGAUGUGUUUUACUACCAGAGCGACGAUACGCGGUAUAUCCCCCGGGCGAUUCUGAUUGACCUGGAACCUCGAGUAUUGAACAGCAUCCAGACGGGCCCGUAUCGAAAUAUUUAUAACCCAGAAAACUUUUACGUUGGGAAGAAUGGAAUGGGCGCGGCGAAUAACUGGGGUGAUGGUUAUCAGAGCGGUGAGGCAGUUUACGAGGAUGUAAUGGAGAUGAUUGACCGAGAGGCGGAUGGAAGCGACUCCCUAGAGGGCUUCAUGAUGCUUCACUCCAUUGCCGGAGGUACUGGCUCAGGUCUGGGAUCGUUCCUCCUUGAGCGCCUCAACGAUCGGUUCCCCAAGAAAAUCAUACAAACAUACUCCGUCUUCCCCAACACAACAAAUGCCCCAGACGUCGUGGUUCACCCUUACAACAGCAUCCUUUCCAUGAGGAGACUGACACAGAAUGCCGACUCUGUUGUUGUCCUGGACAAUGGUGCGCUGUCACAUAUUGCAGCAGAUAGGCUGCACGUUCAAGAGCCUUCGUUUCAGCAGACAAACCAGCUGGUCGCAACUGUCAUGUCUGCGAGUACGACGACUCUCCGUUACCCCGGCUACAUGCACAAUGAUCUGGUUAGCAUCCUAGCCUCGCUGAUACCGACACCACGAUGCCACUUCCUCAUGACGGCCUACACACCGUUCACCGGUGACCAAGUCGAGCAGGCCAAAACGGUCCGCAAGACGACGGUGCUAGACGUGAUGAGGCGGUUGCUACAGCCAAAGAACCGCAUGGUGUCAACGGUGCCAGGAAAGAAGAGUUGUUAUAUUUCCAUCUUGAACGUAAUUCAGGGAGAGGUUGAUCCGACAGAUGUGCACAAGAGUUUGUUGCGUAUCAGAGAGCGAAAGCUGGCCACGUUUAUCCCAUGGGGACCUGCCAGCAUUCAGGUGGCUUUGACAAAGAGGAGCCCAUAUAUGCCCAUGAGCCAUCGCGUGAGCGGGUUGAUGCUGGCAAAUCACACGAGCAUUGCUACGCUCUUCAAGAGGAUAUUAAAACAGUACGACGGCAUGCGCAAGCGCAAUGCCUUUAUCGAGGGCUACAAAAAGACGGCGCCUUUUUCGGAAAACCUAGACGAAUUUGACGAGGCAAGGCAAGUAGUGUCUGACUUGGUGAUGGAGUACGAGGCCGCCGAAGAUGCGGACUACUUGAACCCGGACAACGGUGACAAGGCCACGUCUGCCGAGACGGAUAGGCGAAUGGCAUAGGGUGAAAAUGGCGCUUGUUUUUGCCAUGUUAUGAUACGUCAAGGACUGUGUGCGCUGGAUAGAGCGGACGGUUCAAACCCGACUGAUGACGAGCUGGAAAGAAUUGGAGCGGCCGGCGUUUUAGGCAAGGAAAUGCAUUGCGAUAUAUCACUGUUUUUCUUGUUUCUGUUUUCUUUUAUCAGAGUAGCCAGCUGGCCAAAGGCAAAAUCUAAGCAAAGUUGGCAUAUUGGGGAUUCGCUUUGAGUAGGAUGAUGCAGCCAAUGUCAAAUUCAAUGGACCCUUUAACCCCCCUUUCGACGACUCUUUUUUGUAGAGCCGAGGAGAAAUGCAGUACAACACAUAGAGAGAUUAUUGCCUCUUUUCAAGUUUCCGAGCAUGAUGCCUUUUUUCUCGUCAUUAACGUCGUUAAAUCCAAAUCCCAUCAAUAUAUAUUCCUUUUUUCCCAGUCCUUUAUUUUUUUUUAUUUUUUUUACAGCUCCAACGCCUUGACAGCCAUCUCCAUAGCGCCCUCAAACGUCUUGUUACCGCCAAUGAAGCCCGCGGCAUGGACAAACACGCAGCCGUCAAUGCCAGCAACACCAUCCAGCUCCGCAUCGCGGAAGCCGCGCCAGGCCUCGGGCAGGGGCUUCCUGCUGGUGAAGGAGUCCUGGGUCUCGGGCACGCACUGGAUGCGCCACUUUGCGCCGGGCUGGGUGCUCUCGGCGUAGAGCACGUAGAGCACGGAGGGGUUGCCCUCGCCCUCGAGGCUGUAGAGGUGCUCCUUCCAGGGGACGCUCUGGCCCUCGAGGACGAGGAUGCGGCCCUUGGGGUCGUGCUUUUGGCGCUGGUCAAAGGCCGUCUGGACGAUGGAGCGGGCGGGCAGCCAAGCGGCCGUCAUGAAGUCGAGGGUGCGCUCGAACUCGUCGCCGAUGCGGGCGCUGGCCUUGAGGAAGAGCGCGUCCUCGGCCUGCUGGGCGGCGACGGGGUCCGCGGGCUUGGGGUCGUUCCAGGCCGGGUUGAGGCGGCCGACCAUUGCGCCGAGGGUGAAGCCUCCCGUGCUGAAGCGCUGCUCGAUGCCCGCGGCGGCGAGGGCGUCCCUGUCGUAGCGCGAGAUGCCGUUGUCGUGGGCGUCGACGGCCUCGAUGAAGUUUUCGUAAAUCUUGUUGUACAGCAGCUCGACGUCCGGGCUGGCGUCGUCGUCCGUCUUGAGGCGCUGGGCAAUCAGCUGGCGGCCAAAGUGCAUGUAGACGAGCCCCGCCGACGACAGCUUGGUGUUCUUGCCGGGGAACGUGGUGUCGAAGCCGCGCUGGUGGUGGUCGUAGCGGUUGCGCUGGGCGUCGUACUCGCCGCCGACGUCGACGACGGUGUGGCACGUCUCGAGCGUCUUUGGGUCGCGCGUGCGCACGAGGGCGCUGUCGCGGUACGAGGGCAGCAUGCGCAGCAUGUGCACGGCGAGGGCCUCGUCGGCGUGGAAGUGGCCGUUGUGCGUGCCGACCAGGACGCCGGCGUCGGUCUUGAGUCUCUUGGGAGCUGAUUCGGCCAUUGCGGUGAGCAGGCGACGGAACAUGAACUUGUGAGAAAUUCUCUUUUUUUUGUUUUGUU